UAUCAUCAAUACUUUUAUUGUUAUCCAAAUACAAACACAUGAGAUAGACAUGGUAAUUCUGACAUCAUUCUUUUUUAAGAGCUAAUCUGACAGAGUGAAUGAGUUGACUUGAGUGUGACAUUCUUAUAUUUCCCUAUUUCUACUUAUUUGUUCACUGCCAUCAACAACACACAUCUACCUGCGUUAUUUUUGAUUUCUUCUACUCUUUGUUUUGGCGUAAAAUCAAUUCUAUCUGGUUUGUUGACCUGUUUGUAAUUGAUUACUUGUUUGUUUCUUUUGCUGCUAUAGACAACAAUAAGUGAUACUAUUGAAAUACCUUGGUUCCAGAUUUGUUUCCACCGGAAUAAAAAUGUCAUCAAUGAGUGGAAUUUAUAAAGAUCAACCUCAGAGGCGAUUUCAACGUGACCGUGUUAUGCUUCAACUUCCAAAUGACUUCCUUCGAUUGGAUAGUGAUUUACAAGAGCCCGAGACGCAUAUUAAUCUUGAUCAGGAAGCUGCUCUUGCCUUACAACAUCAAUAUACUAACUAUAACGGUUUUACUGACAACAUUAAGGGAAAACUCGUGAUUACUGUGGUUGAAGCUAAAUUGGUUAAAAAUUAUGGUGUUACUCGAAUGGAUCCCUAUGUGCGUUUAAGAUUAGGCCAUCAAAUCUAUGAAACUAGAACCUGUUAUAAUGGCAAAAACCCAAGAUGGAACCGUAUUUUUCAAUGUUCCCUGCCAAAUGGUGUUGAUACCAUUCAUAUUGAGCUAUAUGAUGAAUGUGCAUUCACAAUGGAUGAAAAAAUAGCAUGGGCUGAAUAUAAGAUUCCAAGUCAGAUAUUUACUGGCGAAACAGUCGAGCAUUGGAUUCCAUUAGAUGGCAAACAAGGUGAUGGUAAAGAAGGAACAAUUUGUUUGAUUCUUUCAUUUGCACCCAUUUCUAGAUUGAUUGGCCAACAACCACGAUUAGCUUAUGUAAAUUUUAACCAGCAGCCACAGAUGGUCAUGCCUGUUAAUCAACAAAUAGUUCAACAGCAACAACCGCCAGUACAAGUUACCAUCACGGAGGAAGAAGUUGACCAAAUUCAAGAAAUGUUUCCAAAUGUUGACAGAGAGGUUAUUAAAAGCAUUUUGGAAGACCAAAAUGGAAACAAGGAAAGAACAAUCAAUGCAUUGAUUCUGGUCAACAGCGAAUAAUUGGAUUGGAAGCAUUCUAUUUGUCAAAAUAAUCUUGAUGGCUUGCCGAUAAACACUUUUUUUACUUUCUCUCGUGCCAUUUUUACCUUUUACCAUCCAAUGUAAAAAUUAAGAAACAGACUCUGGUGAAGAUCUCGAAUUAUUUCAUGAUUCAUUAACUGACUGCACCUUUAAAUGAUUUUCAUCAGUUUCUUUGAUUGGUAACGGGCUUGGAGCAUCUGACAAUUCGCUGACAAUUUCUGAAUAUCAACAUACUCGGAUACUCAGCUGAUUUGUCGUAAUGAAAAAUUUUCAGAUUUUACACAAAUUUGAAAUUUACACAACCACGUGUGCUUAUUUGAAUUGCUUCGAUGUCUCUGAACUCUAUAAUGUUAUUUGGAGUUAAAUAUACCAUCGAUUGUGAUGCUCUUUUUUCGAGAAUAUCUAAUGUGUCUUGAGAUCUUCUUGUACCAAAUAUCAUUGAAUCCAUCUCAAUAAAAACUUUCCGAUCGUUUUUUUAUCAU